AAUGGUAAAACCCACGUCCCCACUUGGCGUUUAACAUGUUUUACUUUUGCUUUAUGACGUAUGAAGGCGCUUAAUUGUCUUCAACAAAAACCUACGUUCUGUUUGAACGCCCCUGCUGCUUCAUUCAUUUUGAAAGGGAUGACAUCAUAGUCGUUUGGCGGUGUUUAAAGUGGGAGGGUGAGAGGAGGAGGUGGAAGAAGAAGAGGAGGAGGAAAGUCGAGGGACACUCGCUCUUUUCCAACCCGCACGGCGACACCGUGACAGCGGCUAAAUCUUCGGAAGGAAGCUCCCGAGUCUUGCCGGGAGGAUGAACCGCCAAUGGACGUCGCUGUCCAGGGCCCCCGAGUGAGACGAAGCAUCAUCGGCCCGGUGAGCUCAUCGAGUGAGUCGGAGCGGUCGGCAGCCAUGGAGUUGAGAGUGGGAAACAAGUACCGCCUUGGGAGGAAGAUAGGGAGCGGAUCCUUUGGAGAUAUUUAUCUCGGUUCCAACCUGGCCACGGGGGAGGAAGUGGCCAUCAAGCUAGAAUGCGUCAAGACCAAACACCCGCAGCUCCAUAUUGAGAGUAAAUUCUACAAGAUGAUGCAAGGAGGAGUGGGUAUUCCGUCCAUUAAGUGGUGCGGAGCUGAGGGGGACUACAAUGUGAUGGUGAUGGAGCUGCUGGGGCCCAGUUUGGAGGACCUGUUCAACUUCUGCUCCAGGAAGUUUAGCCUGAAAACUGUCCUGUUGCUGGCUGAUCAAAUGAUCAGCAGGAUCGAAUACAUCCACCUGAAGAACUUCAUUCACAGAGACGUGAAACCCGACAACUUCCUGAUGGGACUCGGCAAAAAGGGCAACCUCGUCUAUAUCAUAGACUUUGGCCUGGCCAAGAAAUACCGCGACGCCCGAACGCACCAGCACAUCCCUUACCGAGAGAACAAAAAUCUCACUGGCACCGCCCGUUACGCCUCCAUCAACACCCACCUGGGAAUCGAACAAUCGAGGCGAGACGACCUGGAGUCUCUGGGCUACGUCCUCAUGUACUUCAACCUGGGCUCGCUGCCGUGGCAGGGCCUCAAAGCCGCCACAAAGAGGCAAAAGUACGAACGCAUUAGCGAGAAGAAAAUGUCGACUCCCAUUGAGGUGCUUUGCAAGGGCUACCCCUCUGUGUUCUCCACCUACCUGAAUCUGUGUCGCUCCCUGCGUUUCGACGACAAGCCGGACUAUUCGUAUCUGAGGCAACUCUUCAGGAACCUUUUCCAUAGACAGGGCUUCUCUUACGACUACGUCUUUGACUGGAGCAUGCUCAAAUUUGGGGCCAGCAGGACGGCGGAAGAUGGAGACAAAGAACGGAAGGAGGAUAAGGAUGAAGAAGAGCGAGCGGGAGAAGGUCAAAGAGUCGCCGGGGGUCGGGCUUUGCCGUCCGGACCCAAACCGUCGGCGGCGAAUCGGGUCAAGAACGAAGCGGACGUCAUUCCGUCGAAAGUGAUCACGCGCGGCGUCCAGCCGUCAGGGAACCGCUCCCCUCAGGCGGGUCGAGCAGAACGGGUGGAACGAGAGCGCAAAGUGGCCAUGAGGCUUCACCGGGGCGCCCCCGCCAACUUGUCCUCCGGCGAUCUUUCCACACGCAUCGACCAAUCGCGCAUCACGACGUCGCAGGUCAGUGUGCCAUUUGAACAUUUAGCAAAGUGACUUCUUCCUGACUGGACUUCUGCUCAGAGGCAGGAACCCCUCGACUUUCAAAAUGAUGAAUGAAAGCAUGAGUGAAGAAGGAUGCGUUGCAGAUGCCUCAACAGGGAGGUCAGUGGUGUCCAGAAGGAGCCAAAGUAACGCUUCAAUGAUGGAAACCAGUGGGCCACAAUUAAAAAAAAAAACUUCAACAGUACUGGUGUGCAGUUUGGAUGCAUAACCGCGAAUCUCGUCGAUUCCAAAGGCUUAACUCACAAAAAAAAAAAACACAUCCGAUUGCACAAACUUUCAGGUUUCUGUGGUUUACAGUUGUCAUAAACUACAAUGUAACGCUAAUGUUAAGGAGUUAAACAUGCUGCAUAUUGACGUCUUUCGUAUAAAAAUAUUAACGACCAGCGUGGCGGUGACGACAUAUACCAUUUGUGUGUUUAGGCCGUUUCUUAGAAAUAGUCUAAAAAAUGUCUGUCUGUCCUGAUUGUACGGUAGUUUUCCAUCGCGCUGCUUUGCCUCUCAAUUGAAAAAUUGACAUGAAAUGUACUAAAAGAGAGUCCUCUUGGAGUGGACAAUGUGAAAAGAGAAUGAAGAGUGAAUGCUACGACUCCUUGUUUUAAGGUGUCAUUUGAACAAUCUUGCUAAUGUACUGUACUGUAUAUGUUUUUUUUUUUUUUUUUGUACAUACAGUAAGUUUUGUUUCGGCAAAAUGUAAAUGACAUUAGAAUGUACCAGAUACUUAUAAAGUCAAACACAAAUUAUCUUAUAAAGGCUGAUGUCCUCAUCUACUGUGUCCUGU